AUGGGCUCCAUGAACUCCGACAUAGGCGUCGCCACCUCCACCGCCAUGGAGCCCGGCUCCUGGACCGGCCACGGCAGCAUCGGCCUGCCCAAAGACUCGCGCUACAACAAAAUCGACGCAAACCUCUACUUCCCCUCCGGCGCCUCCACCCCGAGCCUCAACUUCGGCUCCUUCUGGCAAAACAUCUUCCAAGCACCCAUGUCCAACCCCCCACUCACCGUCCCCUUUGCAACCAUCACGCACCUCGCGCAAAAUACCACCGUCCGCCCCACCGGCCUCGUCACCGGCUCCAUGGAAGGUGCCUAUCAAUUCUCCUGGGAAGGCUACACAUACCUGUCCCUCUCCUCGGGAAACUGCUGCAGCGAGCCCGCCAACGACACCAACCCCUACCAGUCCCUCGCCCCACCCGGCGAAGAGUAUCAUAUCAUGGUCUGUCGCUCAGCGCAGGCAUCAGGCGGGAUCGUAGACCAGCAGGGAUAA